CUACAACAUCAGGUACAACUUCCAUUGGCCCGGUUACACAGACCCUUGAAACCACAACUGGUUUAUCAACAACCACAACUUCUACAACAGUCUGCGUCUGCAAUGUCAAUGGAACCACAUAUAAUCCUGGGGACAUGGUGUAUAAUGUGACUGAUGGCCUUGGGUGGUGCUACGUUGCAUACUGUAAUUCAUCUUGUGUAGUGGAUCCUCAGACCAAUCCUUGUCCCACCACAACAACCACAGUUGGCACAACAACUACUACAGUGUCUAGCACCACUGUUUCCACACCAUCCACAACCUCCACUUCACUGACCACUGUCCUGGACUGCAUUUAUGAGAACCCACCCAGAACGAAUGGAGAAACCUGGCAGGUGGACAACUGCACAACAGCAGAAUGUAUCAACGGCAACGUCACCGAGACGCCCAGAACCUGUGACACCUCACAAGAAGAACCCACCUGUAUCAAUGGACGUCCAGCCAACAAAGUCUAUAAUGAAGAUGGAUGCUGCUUCACCUACGAAUGUCAAUGUGUGUGCAGCGGCUGGAAUGGAAAACAUUAUAAGACCUUUGAUGGAAAACUGUAUGACUUCCACAAGAACUGUACCUACUACCUGGUCAAAGAGAUCAGGGAGGCACACAACCUCACUGUCAAGAUCAACAAGCAUGCCUGCGACAAUAACGGAAACUGCAAUCAUGACCUAAUUGUUCAGUACAAGUCCCACACAGUCCUCUUUAAACAGGACAAGACCAACAAUGGCAAUAACGGAAACCAAAAGGACAGAAACAUGGUGUUCCUUAAUGGUAAUCGUGUAUAUCCAGCUUUCAGCAAUGCAGAUUUCAUAAUCACUUCCUCAGAUAUGGUCAUGUCACUGGAGAUUGCUGCAAUCAAAGCCAAACUCUUCUAUCGACGCAGCUCCUUCAAUAUCGACCUUUCCUAUUCUCUCUUUAAUGGCAACACUGAGGGACUGUGUGGAACCUGUGAUAACUCUCAGAACAACGACUGCCGAUAUCCAAACGGUCAGGUGGUGGAACAAUGCCCCGACUCUGCAGACCAGUGGAACUCAGAAACCUGUGCUGUUCCCACAACUCUACCGACAACCACCAUUGUCACAACAACAACAACUACAACUGAGUAUCCAUGCAGACCUGAGAUCUGUGAUCUCCUCUCCUCCAGUGUGUUCCAGUCGUGCCACUCAGUGAUCCCUCCAGGACAUUAUGUGGAAACCUGCAGAAAUGACGUAUGCAAAAACGAAAACAACACAUGUGCCAGUCUGGAGGCUUAUGCCACUGAGUGCAGUCAAAAAGGAGUUUGCAUUGAUUGGAGGAGUGCCACAAAUGGGCAGUGCGAGGUCACAUGUCCUGUCGACCAGGUGUACAAGGCCUGUGGUGAAAUUGUGGAAGACAUAUGUAAUCAAAGAUACAACGAAAAGUGGAAAAACAAUAAUGGAAAUGGUCAAAACAAGAAUGACACAACGUAUGAGGGCUGUUACUGUACCAAUGAAACCACCUUGUUCAACACCAUCUACGACACCUGUGUCAUUGCCUGUGAUUGCAUUGGACCAGAUGGACAACCCAAACAGCCUGGUGAAACCUGGGAGAACGACUGUAAGAACUGCCGGUGUGACGAGGACACCCUGAAUAUUCAGUGUGAGCCUGUCGAUUGUCAGGAACCACCGACGCUCGUCUGCGAUUCUCCAUACGAGCUGGUCAACGAUACAAGCGGCUGCUGUAUGACGCAGUCAUGUGAAUGCAACACCAACCUUUGUGGUGCUUCAAUCACCUGCGAGCUAGGGUACGAACUCAACGUGACUCAAGGCGACUGCUGUAUUGUCUACGAGUGUGUGCCAAAGGAUGUGUGUAUAUACAACAUGACUGAGUACGAGCCUGGUGAGAAGAUUCCAACUCCAGAAUCACCAGAGCCACCAAUAGAACCUCCCACGACUACUGAAGAAACUACCACAACUACAGCUUCACCUGGAGUAACAACAACAACAACAUCACCAGGAGGCGGCGGUGGAGGAGGAGCAACCACAACAAUCUCAGCUACAACUACACCAGCAGGCGGCGGUGGUGGUGGAGGACAAACAAAUACAACAACAUCACCAGGAGGUGGCGGUGGAGGAGCAACAACAACAACAUCACCAGGAGGUGGCGGUGGAGGAGCAACAACAACAACAUCACCAGGAGGCGGCGGGGGAGGAGGAGCAACCACAACAAUCUCAGCUACAACUACAUCAGCAGGCGGCGGUGGUUGUGGAGGACAAACAACUACAACAACAUCACCAGGAGGUGGCGGUGGAGGAGCAACAACAACAACAUCACCAGGAGGCGGCGGUGGAGGAGGAGCAACCACAACAAUCUCAGCUACAACUACAUCAGCAGGCGGCGGUGGUUGUGGAGGACAAACAACUACAACAACAUCACCAGGGGGUGGCGGUGGAGGAGAAACAACAACGACAACACCAGGAGGCGGCGGAGGAGGAGGAGCAACCACAACAACCUCAGCUACAACUACAUCAGCAGGCGGCGGUGGUUGUGGAGGACAAACAACUACAACAACAUCACCAGGGGGUGGCGGUGGAGGAGAAACAACAACGACAUCACCAGGAGGUGGUGGUGGAGGAGCAACAACAACAUCAUUACCCAAUGUUCCAGGCCCUUGUGAAGAGUGUUAUUGUGGUCCAAGCAAGGACCCUGUGACUGGGCUGAACAUGAUGAGCUGUGAACCAAUCGUCUGCGAGACAGACUGUCAAGAAGGAUUUGAGUACGUGACCGACCCAGCCAAAUGCUGCGGUAGCUGUGUCCAGACCAGCUGCAUCUACACCACACCUGACAACGUCACACACAUCAUUGGGGUCAAUGAGACAUAUACGCCACCUGAUGAUCCCUGUGUGUAUUAUGAGUGUAAGAACGUCAACGGACAACCUCAAACCACAGAGAUAAGAACGACAUGUCCCUACUACGAUCCUGAUGAAUGUGAACCUGGCACUGAAACCACCGAUGCUAAUGCCUGCUGUCAAACAUGCCAACCAAAGAAGAGGUGCAAACUUGGCAGCAAUGUGACUUCCCUGGAAGUGAACGGCUGCAUCAGCGCUCAGACGGUGAACCUCACAUACUGCGCUGGACACUGUGGAAGCUCAUCCAUGUACUCUGCGUCGGCCAACGCCAUGGUGCACCAGUGCGAGUGCUGUCGUGAAGAUGCCACCAGCCAACUCCAGGUUUCCCUGAUGUGUGAGAACGGUGAUGUGGUGCAGCACACUUACAUCAAAGUAGAGUCAUGCAUCUGCCGCGCAGCUGAGUGUGUUCCCACAUCCAAACGCCGUAGGAGACGCUGAAGGCUCCACAACAUCGGACUGAUCACUGGACUGAACAACCAUGAGCCUUAAUUUUCUUUAAAUCUCUUAAGAUCUGUUUCAUUAUGUUUGUUUAAAUUAUAACUUCACGUUCUUUUUGGAUUUAAGCUCUUCUUAUUUCAGAUUUUUCUUGGAUGAUUGUAAUUGAAUAAAAUAAUUUUCCUGCAACAGAAACUCAGCUUUGUCUGAAUUCUUAAAUGGUAGUUGUUCCUGUGAUGACCAUGAACUGUGACUAUCUGUGACUUUCCCCAUCAACUCUUAGCACAAGGACAAAACAUGGAUACAGUGGAAAAUAUAAAACACCUUGGUGGACCUAGCCUGAUAAUAACAUGAACAUGAUAAGUAACGUACAAUGGUCAGCUGUGGCAUUAGUACUGCCCAAGUAUGAUACAAGAAAAUGUCCAUUAUCAGCAGAGUCAUUAGCAUCAGCAGGUAGGAAGAACCUGUGUUUACACUUGACUUUUGCCUUCUGUCUGAACAACAGAAACUUAGUCUCACAUCAGCCCAUGUUUUCUAAUCCAGUAUACUCCUAUUUCUGUGUAGUGAUCUAGUGCACACCACUCUAUGUUGACUCCCAGUGUAGUCUUUGUCUUAAAUUGUCUGUAAACCAACUCCAGGUCUGUUUAUACAGCUCUACUUGGAAAGAAAGUGCACAAGACACAAUUAAAGGAGCAGGCAAUUAAAAUUAAAUGUAUUAGUGGUAACAAUACAAAUUCAGAUUCAUUUACAGAUUCGUUCCACUUGUCACAUGACAGACAGCUCGGGUCUUUUUUGCCCUCAUUCAUCCUAGUCACUGCCACGCUGUUAAACAACAAUGACAGGGAGGAUGCAGGACACAGGUCACUUUAUUAUGGUGUUUUUCUUUCUUAGGUUUUCACAUGGUUUGAAUUGCUUAUGGCAUUUUGUGUAUUAGACCGUCAGCCGAAGCAAACAAUGUUGCCUACAGUAUUAAGUGUCGGAGAACCGCAGCCUUCUUUACAACGCCCACAAUAGGGCUACAGCGCCACCUGCUGUAAAAAGAAUGAAAGGAUUCGUUUCGUUCAUUUUACUGUUCGAGAGUAAAAGAUCCGAAUCAGUAAAAACAGUCGGUCUUCCCAACACUAAUAACCAAUGACAUAGAAAAUAACAAGUCUUUGUAAUGUUU